AUGACGAGAAAUGAGACGUUGCUCAGGUUACAAAAGAACAGACAUGUCAUUGAUGUACGGCCGCAAUUGGUUCAAGUGAUUGGGUCAAUCUGUACAGUAGCGCUCUUUGUGGGCAAUAUUUGUAUUUACAUGCGAGUGCAAAAUAACAACUCAACCACCAUCGAUCCCCGCAGUUAUUUUAAUCUUCAUACGGAUCAAGGCCCUCUCACCCUGUCGCAGAAACUCAUGGAAAUCAAAUUGGACUGCUCGGAAAUCAAGUCCAUCUACGAUUUAGAAAAGUGCUAUCCAAAUAGGUUAGUCCGCGAACUAGGUGAUUCGUGCCUCUUGGUUGAAACAUGGAACGAUGUCCAGCGGUGUAUGACUGGGCGUUUUACCAAGGAACCUUUGAAACAUUAUCAAAUUCAUAUAUUGGGGGAACGGAAUAGCGGUACAAAAUUUGUGAUGCGUGAACUUCAACGUUGCUUUCCACGUUUUCAGUUUGGGGUAAAAGUACAUCGUGACUUUGUGAGGGCGAAGCAUUUUUUUCAACCAAUUGUCGCUGGCGACUUCAAAACAAACAUAUUGAUUGUAGUAUUUCGAGAUCCAGUUGAAUGGGUGGCAGCCAUGCGCGAGAAGCCGUAUCAUAGCCCCAAUCAUAUCUUGAAAUUUGAAAAUCAAUCCGGCGCUAUAGUCCCGUUGCCUUGGAAAGAGUUUGUGACUCGAGCUUGGACGACUAAGCGGUCUGAGUUUGAUAAAAAGUUGGUACUCGAAGAUCGUGUGAAGGAAACUAUGAGGGGAGAUAUUUGCAGGGAGCGUUUCGCUUUUCACGAAGUUUUGCCUUGUCGGUACGACAACACUACAUCGUCAAUACCUGAUAGUCGCAUUCGCGGAUUUGAACCCAUUUAUGAAAUGCGUAGGGAUGGUUCUGGCGAGCCCUUCGAUAACAUACUGGAAAUGCGGUCCGACAAGAUUGUUAACUUACUUCUGGAAAUGUCAAUGAUGAUGGAUUUGGGAGGCUACAUGGCUGUGAGGUACGAAGACCUCUUGCGCGAAGGAACUAAGUCCCUCCUUACACAAGUUGCUACUAUGGUUGGUAUGGAUAACGUACCUGAGCAUUGUAGCGCAAGUGGCCCUCAAGCCAAUCGCAUUGGUCGCAGGAAAAUACCAAUCGAGUUGCGUCAGUGGGUUCAAACUCAUUCAGUCACUAAAACCGAAAGACUGCUGGGAUACUUGGACUGA